CUGAAACGUUUCUGAUACUGUUCUAGGGCAAUGAACACCAAGUUGGACUCCACCAAUGGGCUCCGGUUAGCUGCAGCCGGAGCACUUAUCACCAUAAUAACCUUGAUAAAGGUGUUUAUAAUCGACGCGUCCGGGCUCUACCUGCCUAGCUUCAAGAGCCUCGAGGACCUGGUGCAAUACUUUGAUUUGGCUCAUUACCAAGGAAGUAAAGACGGUUGGCAGCGAGAAGAACGUGUGCUUUUCUGCGUGCCAUUGAGAGACGCCUCUGCCCACUUGCCGAUGUUUUUUGGCCACAUGAGAAAUUUGACAUAUCCCCACCAUUUAAUUGAUUUGGCAUUUUUGGUGAGUGAUUCUAGUGACAACACCAUGGGUAACUUAAAAAAACACUUAAUGGCCAUCCAAAACGACCCAGAUCACAGCAUGCGGUUUGGUGAGAUUGAGAUUUUCGAAAAGGACUUUGGCCAGAUCAUUGGCCAGUCUUUUAGUGAUAGACACGGGUUUGCUGCUCAAGGCCCCAGAAGAAAGUUGAUGGCUCGUGCCAGAAACUGGUUGUGGAGUGUGGCCAUCAAACCCUACCAUUCUCACGUAUACUGGCGAGACGCCGAUGUUGAGACGGUUCCGCCCACCAUUUUGGAAGAUUUGAUGCACCAUGAUAAAGAUGUCAUUGUCCCCAAUGUGUGGAGACCUUUACCCGACUGGUUGGGGAACCAACAGCCAUACGACUUGAACUCGUGGCAGGAGUCGGAUGGGGGAUUGCAGUUGGCCGAGUCUCUCGACGAAGAUGCAUGUAUUGUGGAAGGAUAUGUCGAAUAUCAAACCUGGAGACCACACUUAGCAUACUUAAGAGAUCCGUAUGGAGACCCCGAGGUGGAGAUGGAGCUAGAUGGAAUCGGAGGGGUUUCAAUAUUGACCAAAGCCAAGGUUUUCCGGACUGGUUCCCAUUUCCCAGCUUUUUCGUUUGAAAAACAUGCCGAGACGGAGGCAUUUGGAAAGUUAUCCAAGAGAAUGGGCUAUAACGUCUACGGCUUGCCUCAUUACGUGAUAUGGCAUAUCUACGAGCCAUCAUCGGACGACUUGAAGCACAUGGAGUGGAUGGCUUUGGAAGAGGUAAGACAGAAGGAAGAAGCAAAGAUCAAGGCUGUUUAUGACAAGGUGUGGGACAAGGCAUUUAUGGAUGUUCAAGUGGACUGGAAGAAGGAAAAGAAUGACUUCAUGAAGAAUACUGAUUUGUCAAACUUCAGAGAGAUUUUGGUGGACUGGUCCGGGGCUGAAGAGUUUAAUCUUGAUAAUGAAGCACAAGAGGACGACAAGCAGUUGGCUGACUUCGAUCCAUGAGUAUUAUAGACAAGUAGAUUACUACAGAAAUGUAUCAUUUGAUAUCGAACAUGAAUGUAUCACUGGAUGACGAACAUAAAUGUAGCAUUAGAUUGGCGAAGAGGAAAUGACCCCAUGGGAGUAUUCGAUAUUUGAAUCAGUGGAGACUCACCCAAACUACUAAUUCUAUUUGUAGUACAUGAUCGCGUAUUAUCUAAUGUAAACUUCCCUCAUGGAAUGAACUCAUCGUCACUAAUGCUAUCCUUGUAAAUAUAAAACUGCAAGAAAAUGAUGCUGUCCUCGAAAAUGGUUCCUAAGGACCCCAACAACCAGCUGAGGUUCAACAACACAUAGUUCGAGUCACUCCUAUAACACAAGAUCUGUCCCGCGUACGUCAAGUUCCCCAACGUAGAAAACAAAAAGAACAAAAGACUCAAGCCAUGAACUGACUUCCGUCUAUGGUUCUGCACAAUCUGAGGAAUUCGGGCUCCCAAGUACAACACUGCCGACAAAUAUCCAACAAUCUGUGGCCCCAAACUGAUUGAAUCGCCCGUGUCGUCAAUUGGAGUAGUAUCAUCAGUGCCGUUAUCAGAAACCAAGAACCCCAUAAGUCCACACCCAACCACAAAAAGAAUCGGUAAGCCAAACUUGGUGAAAAUCCCGUGAUAGGAAGGCUCCAACGCAAUGUCCGUCAAAGUGCUCGACGUUCUUCUGUGUUCUAUCAAGGGUCUGUGCUCUUGAGGAUUCUGUUUCUUGACCUUGUUCAAGUGCUGAUAGUACAAAUACGAGAAGAUCAUCAAGAAAUCAGCAAAACAAAACCACACCGCCAAAAACAUCACCUGCGGCAACAAGUGUGCCCACAAGGCGCCCACCAAGUUGAACACAUCUCCCAAAAACCAGAUGGUGAUGAAGCCUAUAGCGAUUCCGUCAGCAGAUUUCAAUCGCCACUGCUCGAUCAAUUGUGGCAUCAACAACACGAUCCAGCACGCCAAGGACGUGGAUCCCAUUAUGCCCGAGAUCGACCCCCGGAGCGGGCUUGCCGGGCCGUGGGACGUAAUACUGAUAAGUUGUUCGAUCAUUGCCG